AAAGACUUCAGUUGAGUUUAACAUCAACAGGUGUUAAAAACGUGUAACGAUUUAAAGCGCUUUGAAGAAAAUUCAUAAAUUUAAGAAACGAUCUUGCAAUUAUAGUUAACUACAAUAAAAAUAUAAAAAACAAACAAACGAAAAACGGUUUAAAAAGUAAUUGAAAUAAAAAAUAAUUAAGAUAAACUUACUAAUAUAUAAAAAUUUAAAAGAAAAAUAUUCCACAAAAAAAAUAUUGAAAAUAAUCAAAUAAAGCUUUUGCCAACGCCAUUUAAGGAUUAAAACAAACCAGAUCAUUCCAAUUACGAAAACAGAGAAAAUAUACGUGUUAAUAAAAGCCCUUGGAUUUAAAAGGCUUUAAAAGCAGAAUUUCAAAUAAAGUAAUUAUUAAUUAUAAGAUUUCCAAACACUCCACUAUGUCACGCCAGUCAAGACUGGUGCUAUUGUUACUCCUCUCCAUAGGGGUCUUUCAGAUAGCACUCUCCAGUACAAUUAACCCCAUCAAAAUUGUGCGCGACGAAUUACCCGACAAUCAAUUGGACUUGGACGAUGACUUGCUCAUUGAAGAAGAGAAACAUGUGAGAAUUUCAACGCCGAAAGUAAAGGAAACUCCCUUGCCCACAACAACAAGUGAAAAGAGUCGCAGCGCUACGGCCACCAGUACGCAAAAAACUGUUAGUGAUACCAUGUUAAAUGAUUUGGUGGAAGCUUCCAAGCACUCGGAAGCUUUGUCAAAGGAUGAAAGAUUCAAACAACUUGUGGCUAAAAAAUUAAACUCAACUAGCACAACUGCUGAACCAGCUGAUGAUUCUUAUGACUAUGACAAUUAUGAUGAUUAUGAAUACGAUUCGAAUUAUGAGCUAUCGUCAACAACUAAGAAGGGGGAAAACAAGGAGAAAUUGUCUAAGAAACCCAUUGAAAUGAAACCCAUUAAGGAAGAUAUCAAGACUUCCACUGCUAAAGCCACAGUUGAGGACAAUAAAGAAUCGAAUAAUAUUGAAUUCCACGAUGACAAUACUGUAAAUGAAGACGAUGAUGAUGAUGAAGACGACUAUGAUGAUGACGAUGAUGAUGACUUUGAUAACGAUAAUGAUAUCAAAGACGAAGAGGAAGUUAUAUUCAGUGAGGAUGUGCCCUGUCCACGUUACUGUACUUGUGAACGCAAUGUUAACAGUUAUUUGGUGGCCUAUUGUAGUCGCAUUGAUCCCGGUACCCAGAAAUUCGGCAAGGAUAUUACCGAUUUGGUGGUAACCGAUGUUGGUCCUAAAUAUCCUAUUCUAUUGGGUCCUAAUUUCUUCUUGGAAUUGGGCUUAAAACAUGUCUCCUCUAUUAAGAUUGCCAACUGCACCAUUGAGUACUUGCAUCCUGAUGCCUUUAAUGGUUUGGAUGAAUUAUUCUCGGUCAAUUUCACCAAUGUUGGUUUGGCCAUUAUCAAUCCCGAUACUUUUGCCAAGAACAAGAAAUUGCGUUUGUUGACCAUAUCCGGCAAUGAUUUGAGUGUAAUGUCCAGUGUUCAUUACUUGUUGAAGUCUUCCAGCAUUGAAGAAUUGGAUUUAUCACGCAACAAUUUAAUGGAACUUAAUCCCAAUGCUUUCUCACAAUUGUCUAAUAUUAUUUACAUCAAUCUGUCUCAAAACAAUUUGCAAAAAAUCCCCGAGGGCGUUUUCGAUAAACUGGAAACUAUUGAAGAAUUGGAUCUUUCCUACAACUCUUUGAAAACUUUGCCCCCCACCAUCUUCAACCAAACCGCUUUGGCUAUUUUACACUUGAAAUACAAUUCCAUUACCAAUGAUUUGAAAUUCGGCACUGUUGACUUGCAACAAUUGGAUUUGAGUUUCAAUCAAAUACACACUGUCCACCAUGGCAUGUUCGAUAAGAUGACCAGCUUAACAAAUUUGAAUUUGAAAGGCAACGGCUUGACCAAAGUACAACCCGACUCUUUCAUGACUUUAAAGAAUUUGAGACACAUUGAUUUGUCCAUCAAUGAAUUGGAUCAAGUGUCAAGCAUGAUCUUCUUCAAGAAUUCAGAAUUGGAUGUGAUCAGAUUGAAUGACAAUCCCAGAUUGAGCCAAUUGCCUACCGAUGGUUUCCGCAGUUAUAAUGGUUAUUUCACCGUUUACUAUUUGGAUAUUUCCAAUUGUGCCAUUGGUGCCUUGGGCCACAAGACCUUCUCCACCAUGCCUCAUUUGGCCACCUUGAAAUUGGCCUGGAACAACAUUAACAAUUUGGAAAGAGACACCUUUGCCAGUUUGAAGAAAUUGAUUGAUUUGGAUUUGAGCAACAAUUUAAUUGCCAAAUUGGAUGAAUUGAUCUUUAUGAACAAUAAUGACUUGACCAAAUUGAAUUUGGCUGGCAAUCCCAUACACAAACUCUCCGUACGCCUAUUCUUGCCCUUGAGUAAAUUGCGUGAGUUGGAUGUUAGCGAUUGCGAAUUGAAGACCCUCUUGACCGACAACCAAUAUGGUGUGGGACGCAAAUAUAAAUUCUAUGAAACUUUGAAAUCCUUCAAUGCCUCCUCAAAUCAAAUCCACAAAAUACACUCCAAUGAUGUGCGCAAUUUCAAGAACUUAAGAAGUCUCGACAUCAGCCACAAUCCUUUGAAAUGCAAUGAGGACUUCCAGGACUUUAUUAGCUACGUAUCACUCAAUCACCAAUUGAUGCCUCACUCUAUGCCCACAUUGGCCAAUUUGGAGUUGGGCGACAGUCAACAGAUUGAAAUUCAAAGUCAAGCCGGUUGGGCUUCCUUGGCUCAUGAGGUGUGCAAACAUGAAGAUUUAACACACAAAAAGAAUAUGGGUGGCAAUAAGUUUGAGAAACGUUUGCAAAAGGCCGACAAAGAUUUGGAUGAAGAUGCCAAGAAUUUGUUGAACAUUAUGGAAAAUAAUAAAUUGCAAAAGAUUUUGAAGGAUUCACAGCAUGAGGUAUUGAUGAAUGAGGACGAUAUUAAUGCCGCCGAAGAGGAGAAGGAUGAUGAAGAGUCCGAUUAUGAGGAUGGUGAUGGUGAAGAUGAUGAUAAUGACGAUGAUGAUGAGGCUGCUGAUAAUAACCAGGAUGAAUAUGAUGAUGAUUAUGAAAAGAAGGCUGAUAUAUCCAAGAAGAUUAUCGAUCAUGGCAUACGUGUGGAAGAGAUCGAUUUGAGCAAGGAAACCAGUGAUCGUUUCUUAUUGGAUAAAUUCAUUGCCGAUCGCAAGAAGCAUUUGGAGCACAGUGAUGACGAUGAGGAUGACGACGAGGAGGACGAUGAUGACAACGAUGAAGAAUACAUUAUUGAACGUGGUCACAUUUACUAUAGCGGUUACAAGUUCUUUGUGCCCAUCAUUAUCAUAAUCACCUGUGUGAUUGUAUUGCUCUUGGUCAUAGCGAAAAUCAUAUCGAUGAUUAUGCGCAAGCGUGGAGAACGUUAUCGCAUGUCGCUUUUGCAGGCACAUACCAAUUCCAUUGUUUAUCAAAAACUAACCGAAGACAUUAAGCCACCCAAAGAGCCUAAACAACCUAAAGUACAUCAAUAUACUCCCAUUAAUCAAGUUUAGAAGCAAACAAAGCAACACACAAGUAAAGAGAGUCAGGAGAGUGUAGCGAAGAAGAAAGAGAAGAGCUAGGAGAGUAUAUUGUUUGAUAGGAUGUUUUCGGAGAAAUAGAGAAAAGCAAAAAAGAGAAAAUGGCUAGAGCUAUAUUUAUAUCUAUCUGUAAUAUCCUGUUAAACAUUAGAAGAGAGCAAAAACAGCAGAGUUUAUUGGCUUUUGAGUAGUUUUUUUUUAGUUUAAUAGAGCAGCACAUCUAAGAGAGGGUUAAAUAUUUUCAGUUAUUUUUGUAGUUUUAUAAAGAAAAUCUAAAAAACUAAGUAUUUUUUUUAAAAAAAAUAAACAGAAAAACUAAAUUAUAAAAUAAAACUAAUAAGUUUUAUGUUAUUUAUAAAUAUACAUACUAUAUACAUAAAUAAAUAUUUACAUAUUUAAACUUAAGAUGAUUUAACCAAGUUUUCCAACAUUUAAUGAAACCUAAAAGAAAGACAAACUAAAUUCUAUUUAAUUUAAUAAAAUAAAAUACAAUUAUAUAUAAAAAACAAAAUAAACAAAAAAUUAUAUUUAAAAAAAAAUAGUAUUAAACAACAGUAAGACAGACAUCUUAAAUAAUUCCUAAACAAUUGAACAUUUCCAAAAUACAAAACAGAAUUUCAUAAAAUUUGUACUUAAAGAAAAUAAUAAUUUUUAUUAUUUUUUUGUAAAAUGAUACAGUUUGUUACCAAAUUGCAUUUAAAUUUAUCUAUAUUUCAAACCCCCUGUUAAAAUUUUGCAGUUAUUUACUCCUUAAAGUGCCAUGUUUGGUGGUCAUCACUUUUAAAGCAAUUUCUUUUUUUGUUUAAGAAAAAAAAAACAUUUUAAUUCUUUGUUGAUAACUCCAAAACUAUAAAUAACACUUGCAGAACUACAUGUCUACUUUAAUUAUUUUUACUAAAAUCUUUUUUUUGAAUAAUGUUUUUAUCUUUUGGGGAUUUUCUUUUAUUUCUUUUUUUGUUCUUUAACAAAUUAUACUUUCUUUUUUUAUAAAUUAUAAAUUAUUAUAUAUUAUAUUUUAAUUUAAUUAUUUUUUUUUCUGUAUAAAUUUUUUUGCAGUUAUUUACAUUAAUAAUUUAAUAAAUUAAAAAUACAAAACAAAAUCAAA